GAGUAUGAAGCUUGUCAGCCAUAACUCUGUUGGUAUAUACGCUGGGGCAUAAGGGUGUGGGCGGAUGUUUCAUUUACCGAAAAAAACCUAACUAUUGUUCACAGACGAACACCACACCAUCGGUCCACACGCUAUCACUCUGUUAGUGAAAGCUCAGAGAGGAAAGUCAUGGCUGUCUACCAACAACCCACCCAGGUGGUGACAGUCACCCACACCGCACAGAAUCCUGGGCAGUGGAGCACCGGCCUGUGUGAUUGCUUCUCUGAUAUGGGCACCUGCUGCUGUGCCCUUUGGUGUUUCCCCUGCAUGCAGUGUGAUACAGCCAGGAAACAUGGCUAUUGCUGCUGCAUGCCACUCCUGGACUCCUGUGGUGUGGUGUCCUGCUUACUCCGCAAGUCCAUCAGAGAUCGCUACAACAUCUCUGGCUCGUGCUGUGACGACUGCUGUAAAAUAUGUUGGUGUUACCUGUGUGUCUGGUGCCAGAUGCGUCGUGAGGUGAAGAUCAGGGCCGGCCUGCAGACCGCCAGCUCAACGGUGGUCACCACGCAGGUCGUCAGUGGAUAGGAUGUAGCCGUUCUGGCUGUGGGUUGAGUGAAUAUGACAAAGUUAACUUCAUGCUUUAUAGCCUGGCACCCAAAAUAUUUUUUACAGCAUUGCACAGCUCAGUUCUGAUGCUCGUGUCUUUUAGUGCUCUGCAAUAUGUAAUGGUUUUAUAGAAUUAAGCCUGUUUUUGUUAAAGCUUUAGACUCCAUGUUAAAGCCAGAUGUUUUUAAUUUUGUUAACAUAUUGUGUUUAAAUCAUCAUCAUUUUUUUUUUUACACUGGCCGUUAAAAUCUGCAUCAUUUAACAUGCUCUGUGUUAUUGCAAAACUUCCAAAAUUUGAAUUUAAACUGUCUCAAAAUAAAAACUGUUCAUAUUCACCCAUUUCUCACCCUCAUCUCAAAACUCUGAACACCAAACUGAACUGAACAACAGUCACACAUCCUGGAAAAACCACACAAAUGCAUCAGAACAGUUUUGUUCGUGCCCUCAGCUCAUGCAUGCAAACAAUAUGGUGACUUCAGUGAGGUUUAAACCGUUUCACAUCUGUGUUGAUAAACAUUUUACAGUUUCUGACAUCCAGCAUGUGAGAGCCAAAAGCAAAUGGUUUUUUUUUUUGACAUGAAGAAAUGAAGGCACAUUGUUAGUGAGUAUAAGUUGUGUCCUAGUUUGAUAACUGUGGUCACACCACAGACAGUGUUGACCUUCUCGUUGUUGUCGGCACAGUUUUAGCUGCAUUGAAGCUGAUGAACCUCUUCAGUGUUUAAGAGAGUGACAGACUCUGAUUUACAACUGUUUCAAUGAUUAACUUCAUCAGCUGCAACGGGACAGUGCACACAUAUACUGCAUAUUCAAGAAAAAGCUGACAGUGAAGAGUGAAAUAUGCAGUGAAAGAAUA